AUGCUGUCAGUCAUUCUAAUAAUUAAAAUCCUUAUUCUGAUCACAGCAGGACCAUGUGGGAUCACCCUAAACUCAUCGAUUGUAGCUGUGCAGCUCAGACACUGGAUGAAGGGAGUGAACCUUGGGGAAUGUGAUCAAAUCACUCUAAUCAUGGGCUUCACCAAUGUCCUCCUCCAGUGCUAUUUCGUUUUAGAUGGGACCAUUGAUACUUUAGAACUCUAUGAGCAUCUUGACAAAGAAUUCAUUUUUGUGAGUUAUACUUUCUUCUUCUUUUUCAUUUCCCUCUGGGUUUGGCUCACUGCCUGGCUCGCUAUCUGCUACUGCUUGAGACUCGUCAACAUUUCACAUCGAGUCUUUAUUAUCUUAAAAAAGACAGUGCCCUGUUGGAUAACCCAACUCCUGCUGGGAACAGUGGUGAUUUUGGCCAUGAUUAAUAUUCCAAUUUUUUGGACUAUGAACACAAAGGCAAAGCAAAACACAUCGUUCACUUCACCAGUUGAUUUCUUUAACUAUGAACCCAACAUUAAAUACCUGUCCUUCGCCGCUGCAUUGGGUUGCUGCCUGCCAACUCUUAUAACUUUUCUCUGUAUGGGACUCAGCUUAAUGUCCCUUUUGAGACAUGUCCAGAGGGUGAAGCAGAAUAUUUCUCAAUCCUGGAGUGGUAAAAUGAAGACCCAUGCAAAAGCCUGCGUGACAAUAUUCCUCCUUAUGGCUCUGAACGUGUUUUUCUUCUUGACAGUUUUUAUUUUUAUUUUAUUACAACUCUAUAUUGGAAAUAAUUGGGACACUCUCUUCUGGUCUAUAAUCAUGGCGAGUCCUUCAGGCCAAGCUGUCAUUCUCUUGCUUGGAAAUUCAAAGUUACAGAGUGAUAUUCUG